AAGCUUUUGCUGUUUCCAAUGGCAUAUAUCCAUGGACGUCCUUAGCUGUUAAGGAAAGGAGUUGAAGUCAUUUCUAUAUGUAACUAGAUAUAACUUCAAAUACAGGUGUACGGACUACUCUCUUCGAAUCUGUAGAUCCUUGUCGCCGUCUAUAAAAUAGAACGUUGCUGCGUUCGUAGUCCCAUCCUCAAAAACAACAAAUAGCUAGAGUCGCUAGAGAUAUCAUCGAGACUCACACUCACCCAUACAAAGUAAGCAGAAGACGGCUACUGGCCUCCUAAAGGAAGAGCAAGAAACAUGGCCACUUGCCACCAGCUUCAGCCGAUCCUCACUAUUGUGGUCUUCACCAUCUUUGUGAUAGGAGCAAAUGGCGAGCGAUGCAACACGUCAAGCAUCCAGGUGGACACCAUCAACACCGGCACGAUAGUGCCCGGCGGCGACACCAUCUUCGUGGUGGAGGUGAAGAACCAGUGUCCAUGCGCCGUCAGGAACGUGCGCCUCGACGGCAUGGGCUUCGCGACCACAGUGGACGUGGAUCCGGCGGCGUUCCGCGCCGACGACGGUGGCGUCUACCUGGUGAACGGCGGCCAGCCAAUCGCCAGUAUGGCCACCGUCAGCUUCCAGUAUGCCUGGGACCAUUUCUUCCAGAUGCCUCCAAGGAGCUUGGAGGUCGACGGCCCGUGCUAGCUACGAGGAGGACGAAGCAUGCAUGGUGCCCCUCGCUAUCCUAUAAAAACUGAACAUGUGUUUCGCUGCUGGUGUUUUGUUCUGGUGUCCAGCUUAAAUAUGUAUUGUCUUCCUUCAUCGUACAGUGUUCUAGUGGACUAAGUAUAGUUUUUAUUUCAGUAUGUUGAGAGACAAAGAGAGAUGUCGGUGAGUUCUAGAGAGAGAGAGACAGAGAUGCAAGGUGCUGUUCGACGAAGCUUGGUAUGUUUGGUACAUGUAAACUGGAGGUGUGACGAUGAUACUACUACUAAUAUAUAUGCGACAAACUUCAGUGAGUUUGGGA